GUGAGUGUAACCAAAAUUAGAUAAGAUUGGAAUUGUCAUUCUGGGUUCUACCUUAAGCAAUAUCCUCAAUUUUAACACACUAUUUCUCUCAUUUAGCUCUUACCUCUGUUCUGCCUUGUUCCUCACAAAAUAUCACUUUCUAUUUUAAAAUCAACACAAAGACCCGCUUCUCUUCCUCAACCCCUGAAGAACUAAGAUGUGCCUCCCAUUCUCUCUCCUCUUCAUCCUCCUCCCUCUUUUCUUCCCUACAUAAAAAUCCCAUUUUUUCUUUUAUUUUCUUUUUAUUUUUAUUCCCUUUUCCCCUUCUCAUGAACUCAACCUCUGUUUAUUAUUUUCUCUGUUUUGGAAAUGGAUUUUGGCUUGGUGGGUGUUGAAGGUUUGGUAUCGAGUCAAAACGUGUCUUCUUCAGAGAAGCAACAAGUACUAGAAGGAAAACCCAAGUGUAAUAUUGGAUCUGGGUUCUUCAAACAACAAAGAUCCGACCCAUUUGGUGAUGAUGAAAAUAGGAAUUCAAAAAUGGUAAAAAGAGAUGAACUUUUGGGUUUAAGAUAUGAUAAUGUACACCCUAAACAACAAAUGCUGAGCUUUUCUUCUUCAACUAAACCUCAAGUUAGCUAUCUUACUGCUAAAGAUUUGGGAUUUAUUGAUGAUAAAAACACUCAAAAUCUUGUCCUUUCUUAUUUUCAGGAAUCCCCUUAUACUAGAAAUCUUACUGGAAUAAGAGGACCUUUUACACCAGCUCAAUGGAUUGAGUUAGAACAUCAGGCUAUCAUUUACAAGUACCUAACUGCAAAUGUUCCUGUUCCUGCCAAUUUGCUCAUUCCAAUUAGAAAAGCUUUAAGCUCUUCUGGGUUUCCUGGCUUCUCUAUUGGAUCUUAUCCUGCCCAUUCAUAUGGAUGGGGCCCUUUCCAUCUAGGAUUUUCAGGCAGCACCGAUCCUGAGCCCGGGAGGUGUCGUCGUACUGAUGGAAAGAAAUGGCGGUGCUCUAGGGAUGCAGUUCCCGACCAGAAGUAUUGUGAAAGACAUAUAAACCGAGGUCGCCAUCGUUCAAGAAAGCCUGUGGAAGGCCACAAUGGCCAAGCUGUCUCUGGACCCACUAGCACAAAGGUGGUACCUGCGAUGUCUGCCUCCAUGUCAUCGCUGGUAACAUCAAUUGUCGGUGCCUCUAACAGUGUCACUAUUGCGCAUCAGCAUCGCUGCAUCCAUGAUAAUCCGGGUCUAUCCGUGCUGCCUCCUACUUUGAAUUUGAAAACCAACGAUAGCGAGAUUUCUAUUGGCAAACAAUAUAUCUCCUUCGGUGAAUCUUCACAAUCAGAGUUUGGACUUGUGUCUACUGAUUCUCUCCUGAAUCCUACACAGAAGAGUGCAUAUUUGGGUUGUAAAAAUUACGAUUCUCCUAUCUUGGAGUUCAAUGCUCAGAAAACCCAAGACCAAUACCCACUCCGACAUUUCAUGGAUGUCUGGCCCAGGGACGAUGCUAAUCGUUCUGGCAUUCCCUGGUCUGAAGAUCUGAAAUCAGAUUUGACUCGACUCUCGAUGUCAAUUCCCAUGUCAACGAAUGACUUCUUAUCGUCUUCACCCGAUCAAGAGAAAACAACUGUUUCAUCUCUGAGGUUGGCCCGUGAGCUUGUUGUGGAUGACACAGGCAUAAGGUAUAAUGCCGGGGUACCAAUUACAUGGGAAAAUUCAAUGGGAGGACCUUUAGGGGAGGUCCUAAACAAUACAAGCAAUGUGAAAUCAGCCCUAAAUCUGAAGGGUGAUGGAUUUGAUGGGAGCCCUCAGCUUGGGUCAUCCCCUACCGGAGUCCUGCAGAGUUCACCCUUUGUUUCUCUUUCCAACAGUUGCUAGGCUGGCAGUCCGACAGGCGAGAAUUAGAAAAAACCUUGUUUUUGCGAUGAUAUCCUUGGGUCAGCAGCUCAUGCCAAUUCGAGGUUCAUUCCUUCAAUGUAAACAAUCUGAAGAAGUAGCCUAGCAACUAGCAAGGUAGAGGAGAAUGAAAAGAAGACAUAAUUAUGUGAAAAAUUAGUUCCAAAAGCAGUCUUCUUACUGACCUGUUUAAGAUGUGCUUAUUAUUUAUUUCCCUUUUUUUUAUGUUUUUUAUAAAUUAAAGAUCAAGUUUUCUGAAUAGUCAACUUUGGGAAGGCCAAAACUCAGAACAGGUUGCAUAUUUGUACUUGUAUUCAUACUAAAAUUUAUAUCUUAAUAUAUGCUUAACUAAAAAUUUUAAAAAUUUGAUAUUAUAAAAAUAUGCAAUUUGAGUAUUUUACGAUUUAAAAAAGAUUUCACUUGA